GACAACCCUGCUCCACAACUUCUACCUACAAUUCAUCAUCCUCGAAGGUGGCUAUUUCGCAUGUCAAUAUGGCAGAACAGACAUUACCUACCUACCAUCUGGUGAUUAUAUUGAUUGUGUGAAUCCAGAAACGUAUUAUCACGAUCCAGAUGGACAACAGCCAAUUUCCGAGGUAGAAGCUUCCAAAAUGUUCGCCAGCUCAUUCGACACUUACCGCCGCAAUGUGUACGAUCCAAUGAUCCGAAUUGCGUGUGACAAAUUCGAAUUUCUGGCUCUAACAGCCUUAACUCUAUUCGACACGGGGCUAGAAGGCCAGUCCGAUCAAUGCACAGAAUCAUGCAGAAGGAUUCGGGAAUCCGUGCAGCGGGAAGUUCUACAGUACUCCAAGCUGACGAGAUCAGAAUUAGAUUCGUCAAUUCGACUAGGGGAUAUAUUGUCAAUCCUACCGAAUUUACAGAGAGCCACUCAACGAUUCCAUGAAGAUAUGACAAUUUCGAAUGUGAUGAAUGCGUAUUCGGUGGACGAGAAAUUCUAUAACUUGGGCUUCAAGACCAGUUAG